GGCUGCAGUCCAAACAAAGGGAAGACAGUCUUACUAUUCCUUAGAGGUCUCCUCUGAAUCCUGCCUUCUCUUUGCUUUAGUGAAUGUGGUGAGCGGCCAGAAGGAAAUAGCCUGAAGGUCUCCUAGUACUUGCUUCUCUCUGGGCCCUGUCUUGGCUGCUUUGUCUCCAAAAUCAAGAAAUGGAAUAGGAAGCCUGGCCUAAGACAUCUCUUAGAAAGCCUCCGCUGUCCUUCCCUCCCCAGGAGGCCUCUCCAGUCUCACCCAUCACACCCUUAGCCCCAAGGUGUCCGGGACCGCCACUCGGUGUUCAGGGGGCUUCCCCUGGGUGGAAAGCUCUUGGGGAGCUUGCAGGUGAGGAGAAGAAUUCCAAAGAGAUGGAAUUAUGCCUGGUCUGUGGGUGGCUAAGACACUUGGAUUCUGUCUCAGGUGGCAGAGCGUGGAUGGAGAGAGGCAGAGACUGAUUUUUAUUUGGUGGGUGGGAGUCUUCUGUGACUCUCCCGUGAUCCGAGAGGUGGACUCCUGGCACCAGAACGGUCUCAGAAGGAGUAGCACUGAGAGACAGCGGGAGGGCUUCCAUGUGAGCCGCUGUUCUCAGCACUUCCAGGGCCCUGCCCUAACCCUCACGAAGCCUAGGAUGUGGCACCCCCACGGGUAGCCUCGUUUGCAGGUGAGCCAGUGGGGCGCAGGGAGGGGAGGCAGCUGUCCCAGAGCUGCACACCCAGGGCGUGGCCUGGGCACUGUGCGAGCCUGUGCUUGCUUCUGUCCACAUUUGCUUCCUUCAGUUGCACAACAACCCCGCCAGGUAGCUUUUACCCUCCCUCUUUUCCAAAAGAGAAAUGAAGACAGUCUACCCAGUGUUCCCUCCGGUCGGUCUGAGGCACAGCGUUUCCUAAAAAGCUGAAAACCAGGUUCUCAGACAUUUGUCUGUUAGGUUAUCACUCCAUGUAGGAAACUUAUCUUAUGUGCUGAUAACAGAAAAGAAAUGGAAGAUUGGAUCGCAGCACUGAAGACUGUCCAGAAUAGGGAGCAUUUUGAGCCAACCCAGUACAGCAUGGACCACUUCUCAGGGAUGCACAACUGGUACGCCUGCUCCCACGCGAGGCCGACCUACUGCAACGUGUGCCGCGAGGCGCUGUCUGGGGUCACGUCUCACGGACUGUCCUGUGAAGUGUGCAAGUUCAAAGCCCACAAACGGUGUGCGGUGCGUGCAACCAAUAACUGCAAGUGGACCACGCUGGCCUCCAUCGGGAAGGACAUCAUUGAAGACGAGGAUGGGAUCGCCAUGCCUCACCAGUGGCUGGAAGGAAACCUGCCCGUGAGUGCCAAGUGCACGGUGUGUGACAAGACCUGUGGCAGCGUGCUGCGCCUGCAGGACUGGCGCUGCCUGUGGUGCAAGGCCAUGGUACACACAGCGUGUAAGGAGUCCUUAGUGACCAAGUGCCCACUGGGCCUGUGCAAAGUGUCGGUCAUCCCUCCCACAGCUCUCAAUAGCAUCGAUUCUGAUGGCUUCUGGAAGGCCACCUGUCCUCCGUCCUGCACAAGCCCCUUGUUGGUCUUCGUCAAUUCAAAAAGUGGGGACAACCAGGGCGUGAAGUUCCUCAGAAGAUUUAAACAGCUGCUGAACCCUGCCCAGGUCUUCGACCUCAUGAAUGGAGGGCCACACCUCGGCUUACGCUUAUUCCAGAAGUUUGAUACAUUCCGGAUUCUGGUUUGUGGUGGAGACGGCAGUGUUGGCUGGGUCCUCUCUGAAAUCGACAGCCUCAACCUUCACAAACAGUGUCAGCUGGGAGUGCUGCCCCUCGGCACAGGCAAUGACCUGGCUCGCGUAUUAGGCUGGGGCUCGGCCUGUGACGAUGACGCCCAGCUCCCGCAGAUCCUGGAGAAGCUGGAAAGAGCCAGCACCAAGAUGCUGGACAGGUGGAGUGUCAUGGCCUACGAGACCAAACUGCCCCGGCAGGCCUCCUCCUCCACCGUCGUCACUGAGGACUUCAGCGAGGGUUCCGAGGUACAGCAAAUUCUCUUCUAUGAAGACUCAGUUGCGGCCCAUCUUUCUAAGAUCCUGACCUCCGACCAGCACUCGGUGGUGAUCUCAUCUGCGAAAGUGCUCUGUGAGACGGUGAAGGACUUUGUGGCUCGAGUGGGAAAGGCCUACGAGAAGACAACGGAGAACUCGGAGGAGUCGGAGGUCAUGGCCAAGAAGUGCUCUGUCCUGAAAGAGAAGCUGGAUUCUCUCCUCAAGACCUUGGAUGACGAAUCUCAGGCCUCGUCCUCUCUGCCCACUCCGCCGCCCACCAUUGCCGAGGAGGCGGAAGAUGGAGAUGGGACGGGCAGCAGCUGCGGCUCGACGGUGGACCGCUUGGUGGGGUCUGCGUGCCCAGCCCGGCCGCAGAUAUUCCGGCCUCGGGAACAGCUCAUGCUGAGAGCCAACAGCCUGAAGAAGGCGAUUCGUCAGAUCAUAGAACACACAGAAAAAGCUGUUGAUGAGCAGAAUGCCCAGACCCAAGAACAGGAGAGGAUUGUCUUAGAUCUCUCUGAGUCAGAGGAGAAAAAGGACCUGAAGUUGGACGACCCACUGUGCCACAGCGAGAGCUGCAGGGUUGCCAAGCACAGGAGCCUCCGCAAAGUGUCCAAGUCCCCAUGUGAGAAGCUGAUCAGCAAAGGAAGUUUGUCACUGGGCAGUUCUGCCUCUCUUCCUCCCCAGUCAGGAAACCGGGAUGGCCUGCCAGCGCUGAACACCAAGAUCCUGUUCCCGAAUGUUCGCGCGGGGAUGUCUGGUUCCUUACCCGGCAGUUCAGUCAUCAGUCGCUUGUUAAUUAACGCCGAUCCCUUCAACUCCGAGCCAGAAAACCUAGAGUGCUACACGGAGAAGUGCGUCAUGAACAACUACUUCGGCAUCGGCCUGGAUGCGAAGAUAUCCCUGGACUUCAACAACAAGCGUGACGAGCACCCAGAGAAGUGCAGGAGUCGAACCAAGAACAUGAUGUGGUAUGGGGUUCUUGGGACAAAAGAGUUGCUGCACAGAACCUACAAGAACCUGGAGCAGAAGGUCCUGCUGGAGUGUGACGGGCGGCCCAUCCCGCUCCCCAGUCUCCAGGGAAUUGCUGUCCUCAACAUUCCCAGCUAUGCCGGAGGGACCAACUUCUGGGGGGGCACCAAGGAAGAUGAUACUUUCGCAGCUCCUUCGUUCGAUGAUAAGAUCUUGGAGGUGGUCGCUGUGUUUGGCAGUAUGCAGAUGGCUGUCUCUCGGGUCAUUAAGCUGCAGCAUCACCGGAUUGCGCAGUGCCGCACGGUGAAGAUCUCCAUCCUGGGGGAUGAGGGCGUGCCUGUGCAGGUGGAUGGAGAGGCCUGGAUCCAGCCUCCAGGAUACAUUCGGAUUGUCCACAAGAACCGGGCCCAGAUGCUCACCCGAGACAGGGCCUUUGAGAACACCCUGAAGUCCUGGGAAGACAAGCAGAAGUGUGAACUGCCGCGUGCGCCGACUUUCUCCCUGCACCCGGAGAUCCUGUCCGAGGAAGAGGCCACCCAGCUGGACCAGUUCGGGCAGGCAGCGGGAGCGCUCAUCCACAGCAUCCGGGAGAUAGCUCAGUCCCAUCGAGACAUGGAGCAAGAACUCGCCCACGCCGUCAACGCCAGCUCCAAGUCCAUGGACCGUGUGUACAGCAAGCCCAGGACCACGGAGGGGCUCAGCUGCAGCCUGGUCCUGGAGAUGGUGAGCAACAUCAAGGCCCUGCGCAGCGAGACGGAGCUGCUGCUGGCCGGGAAGGUGGCCCUGCAGUUGGAUCUCCCACAGAAGGAGCGGCUCGGGGCUGCGCUCGCCAACAUGGACCAGCAGCUCCGGAAGCUGGCGGACACCCCCUGGCUGUGCCAGCCCAUGGAGCCCAGUGAUGAAGAGAACGCGACGUCGGAUCUCUCCAGACGCAGCCGCAGCGGGAAGUUCCGCCUGGUGACCAAGUUUAAGAAGGAGAAGAACAGCAAGAACAGAGACACUCACAGCAGCCUGGGAGCCCCGGUUCACCUCUGGGGGACAGAGGAGGUUGCUGCCUGGCUGGAGCACCUCAGUCUCUGUGAGUAUAAGGACAUCUUCACUCGGCACGACAUCCGGGGCUCCGAGCUCCUGCACCUGGAGCGGAGGGACCUCAAGGACCUGGGCGUGACCAAGGUGGGCCACAUGAAGAGGAUCCUGUGUGGCAUCAAGGAGCUGAGCCGCGGCCCCCCUGUCACCGAGGCCUAGCCUCCGCCCUCUCGGCCUGCGUCCUGCGCUCCUCCUGCGACUGAGGCGGGAGCAGGGGCUGCCUGCCCGCCCGUGGUGCUCUGUCCGCGCUCGCGCAGGGAGCCUCACGCCCUGCCAGCUCCAGGCUCUCGGACACAGCAACAUAGCUACCUGGACACGCACCUCUCCAACCCAGCGGUGUGUGGGCGACCGUGCCGCCACCUCUCAGCUCUCGCUGACCCACGUCCUGGGCCAGGUCUGGCCUCCCUGGCCCCGGGCAUUGCAGCAGAAAUGGCCUGACCGGCCGCACACGGCUGCCCCGUGGGCUCCGCUGUGUGUCCUUCCACGGCACGCCGCGUGGCACCAGACCGCAGUCCCUCACCGGGCAGAUCUGUGCCCAGUGGGCGCUCGUGGUCCCCGCGGCCCCUCGAGGCUGCCGUGUCAGGUCCUGGUUCGCAAGCGUGUGGGUGCGUUUCUGGUCCUGUUCAUUUUAAUUUGACGUGAAGAGAGAGGAGGACUCGCUCCUCCUGGAGCCCCCGUCCCGAUGUGCCCUGUCCCUCCUGAGCUGUCUGUCCAGGAGUGCUGCUUGGGCCGGGAGCACCCGGUGGCGAGGGCCGGUGGCCUCCCCGCCGUGGAGGCCGUGUGUCGUGCUGGGUCAGUAUUUCUGUGGAGAGGGCGUCUCCCUCCUCUGGGACCGGCUGCUGCCUCUGACCCUGCAGGUGGCUUCUGUCUUGUGCUGCCGGGCCCCAGGUCCCAUGCGGUUAGCGGCCCAUGUGGCUCUCACCAAGUUGUCACUGCCUUUGACUCUGCCCCUUGCCGCCCUUGGCCACACCUCACAGGGCUUUCGUCCACCUUGGAAAGGGGGUUCCAUAACCCCAACCCCGUGUGCCAGGGCCUUGCACCCCAAAGGGGAGGGCACCAGAGAGGCGGCCUCAGGGCACCAUCAGUCACAGCUGAACAGCUUUUACCUGCCACUCACUUUGCAGACCCCACUGGGUUCCCUGCCCGGCUGGCCAGGCACCGUCUCUUGUUUGGGGGUGCUCCCACUGGUGGCUCUUCUGGGUGCUGGGCCCACUCCUGUGCCCUCAUGGGGCAUGGCCGUGUUGGGGUUCGGGUGAGAGCUCCCUCGGCCGCCCACUGGAGCUGAGACGGGCAGUCGUGUGGCCCUUCCUGCCGUGAUGCGUCCCGUCAGAGCAGCUGUCUGCGUGCAGGAAGGCGGAGCCUCAGUAGAGGUCGGGGUCCCAGAAGGGGCUGUCCUGUCCGAGCUGGGCCCCGGGUUCCGAUGUUCCCAGGGCCUCUGGACGGGACGGGGUAAGCUGGAACGCAGUGAGGGGGUGCAGGGGAGCUGGCCCAGGGCUACCCCGUGCCCUCAGCACCCCCUCGGGAAAAGCUUAGGUUUGGGUCAUGCGUGCUGAUAAAAAAUGUCGUCAGUGUUCAACACCGUUGACGUAAAAGCCAUUUUUCUCAUUGUCAGAAGCAAAGGAAUGGACGUGUUCUGCAUGAAGGCGGGUCCCUGGUCCUGUGGUGUCUUUGUGCUGCGCGUGGGGCGGCUCGUCUGUCCGGGGCGGGGUGUCCUGUCCCGGGGGGAGGGAGGAAGGAUCCCGGAGAGUCUUGGAGGAGGUUUUAUGUUCUCGGGUGGGCUCACCCUCAUAUUUAUGAUCUUAAUUUAUACAGUGCCUGCUGUAUCGCUGUGUACAUAGUC